GAAACAAAUAUGAUUCCUCGCUACGUUGGGUCACGGAAGGAAAGAAAUCACAGAUCACUCCAAGCAGUGAAUGUUGGAGGAUAAUGGUUCGUGUUGUACGAUUGUAUACUUUACCCGCUUAUAAUGAUGGGAGGACUAUAAAUUCCAUUGAAAUGGUGUUCAUGGAUGAACAUAUUUAUAUGUUGGAUGCUUGCUGCUCCAUAAAUCAUGUUCGGAGAUGUUGAAAUAUUCUAAGAACCUGCCGGGAGGAGACAUACAACCGAGUGUAUCAUCUCUUUUCAAAGUUGAUGUUAGUCGUACACACCGCAUUGAGUUUGAUCCUUCCUAUAAUGUCAUUUGACAUUUGUUUUGAUGAGAGAACCAUCUCGCAAUUCAAGGAAAGGAACUCAACGUUUUUCUUGGCCUAGACAGAUGUGACUUUGGGACUUUCAACUGGGGAAAAAUACUCGCAGCACACCUUCUCAAUGGGCGAAGCAUCAUCACGUGUGAAGGAUAAUCACUUUGAACGUCUAGGAGAUGAUAUCACAUGCUCUACUAUUGACAAAAGAAUGAAAGAAGUUGAACAUUGUGAUAGAGACGGUGAAGAACCAAGCAAGAAGAUGAAGACCGUUAAAAUAGAGAAAAAUUAAUACUAGAAUUAAUAUGUGACCUUGAGAGUUAACUCCCGGACGCGAGAAUGGUGCAAACAAGGAGCAACGUCCCCACCGCCAGCCACGUCGUCGGCGAGGAGAACAUUCCGGGCAGCGGCAACGGUACGGGAGGUAUCGGCUCGACCCCAGACGCGGUCCAGGCGCUGUUCGGCUUGGGGGUGACCACGGAGCAACUCCAGGCAGCCGUCGCGGCACUCUCUGCCAUUGGUGGAAACGUGCCCGGCGCUGGAGCUGGCAAAGCACUGCUCGGUCCCCACGUCGAACAUGCCGCCACUUCCCAGCACAAGGGGAAGAAGACCCGGAGGGGCAGGAGGAGGCCCGGCAAAGCCCAAGCGUUCGACGAGGUAAUAGUGGAGGACAUCCCGGAAGGGGAAGAUGAUGAGUCUAGCGAGGGUCGGGUUUCGGCCUUCAAACGUCUAGGAGAAGAGACGAGGAUAUCAGCGUUCGAUAGGCUCGACCGCGAACCGGAAGGCCGCCCGGGCGACCUCCGCCGACAGAUCUCCCAAGUCAGGCGAAGGCAGGCCGAGGAGUCCGCGACAUCGGAUGCACGCUCGGCGAGGCCCGAGCGAAGCGGGGAAAGGCGGGACAAGCGCGACCAGCAUCACCGCAGUCCGACAAGAACCGUGAAGGCGAAGGAUUCCGACCAAGGGGUAUCACGACUCGCUCGGAAGAUUGCCGACCUCAAGCGCCGAGUAGAGAAUCGAGCCCCUUACAGCCAGCCCAUCUUGCGAACGGUGACCCCGUUCACUCCGAGGGUCAUGUCGGUUCCGCUACCGUCCAACUUCCGGCCGUGGCAGAUCAAGGCUUACAACGGAACGACGGAUCCCCAGGACCAUUUGUCCAAAUUUUACGCGUCAAUGGAAGCGGCAGCUGCCCCGGACGAAGUCAAAUGUCGGUGUUUUCUCGCCACGCUAGAGGGUUCCGCGUGUGACUGGUUCAACCGACUCCCGAAGGGGACCAUCGACGAUUGGGAUACGUUGGCGGAGAAAUUUCUAACGCACUUCGCGGCCAACCGGAGACAGAGGCUACCCUACUCCCACAUGCUCAACAUAUGCAUCCGUAAGGGAGAGAAGGUUCGCGACUUCAUAGUCCGGUGGGAGAAGGAAGCCAGAGAUGUGCAUGGCGCGGAUGACCAAGCCUUGGUGGCUAUGUUCCAAGCGGCCCUCCCUCGUGGAGAGGUGAGGAAGGAGCUCCGCAAGAAUCCUCCCCCUACGUACCAAGAAACCUUGGCGCGCGCCAAGUUCCUGGCGUCGGAGGAAUUCGACGAUAACCCUGAAUCUGAGGUCGCAUCGACCAAACGAGCUCCCGCAGAUUCGGGGGAGAUAGCGAAAAAGAGGAAGAAGAAGAAGGACUACACCGCAGGCCCGAGGCCGCCCUCGGCCGGAGUAUACUCUGUGGGCGCGCCCGUAGGGGCGGUUCGAGAGCUCGCCCUCUCCCCGUUUCCUCACGCAGAGACCUUCGCGGUGUCCAGCGGAGCCAAGUAUUGCGAGUAUCAUCGCAAUAACACUCACAGCACUAGGGAAUGCUUCACUCUGCAGAAGGAGAUGCAGCGACUCAUCGCCCGAGGGCCGCCUCCACAGGAUGAGAACGCCACCCCCUCCUGGGGACCACCGGAGGGGAGGACGUGGAGGAAGCCGACCGAGCCGGUCGCGGUGACGACUAAGGCAAGGAAUCCUGAGAAGAGGCACAUCGGGCGAGAUUGUGAGGAUCUAGACGAGGAUGAAGCGCAAGGAUACCCGGUGGGAUUUAUCCAUGGAGGAAACAUCGGCGGGGAUUCCGCCGCUCAGAGGAAAAAGUGGAAGCACAUGGCAUUUGUCGCCAAGGUGCAACAAGCGCCAGCGCCCAAGCUCGGAAGGCGGGAGCAAAUCCAGUUCACGGAGAAGGAUCUCCCGAGCACGCCGAGUCCCCACCGGGAUGCCCUGGUCGUGAAGAUUGAAAUCAACGACGCCAUAGUGCACCGCACCUUGGUAGAUACGGGAAGCUCGGUUAACAUCAUGUAUGAGAAGACCUUCCAUGACCUCGGCUUGGAGCGCAAAGACUUGAGGCCCGUGCGCACUCCUCUCUCCGGGUUCACGGGAGACUCCAUUGAGGCCGAAGGGGUCAUCACCGUGUCCGUGAUAGUAGGGGAUGGUGCGCACAAGGCUAAGCUGAAGAUGGAAUUCAUGGUUGUGAGCAUCAACUGCGCGCAUAACAUGAUCCUAGGGCGACCUGGCUUAGAGGACUUGGAAUGUGUAAUCUCCCCAUACUACCUGUGCAUGAAGUUCCCCACUCCUUCGGGAAUCGGGGUGGCGAGGGGAGACCAGAAGUUAGCCCGGUCAUGCUAUGUCCGAAUCACAAAGAAGUUGCCAAGGGAUGAGACAUUGGUCGUGCACGCACAAGAAGAAAUGCGGAAGCUGGAAACAAGGCCGAAGGCCGAGCCCGCCGAAGAAGUCGAGGAAGUGCCGCUCGACCCUCGAGCGCCCGAUCGGAAAGUGAAGGUCGGGGUUAGCCUGACCGGGAACCAGCGGAAGCGCUUGGUAGACGUGCUCUUCUCCUACCGCGUGAUCUUUGCAUGGGGGCCCGGGGAUAUGCCGGGGGUAGACCCCAAGGUUAUAUGUCACCGCUUGGCGGUUAACCCGGAGGCUAGACCGGUGAAGCAGAAGAAGCGGUUCCUCUCAUCCGAGCGGAGGGAGUUUGUCUCCAAGGAGGUGGCCACCCUCCAGAGCAUUGGGCAUAUCAGAGAGGAGCCCGAAUGCGCCCUCUCGCAUGUCCAAGUGGGCGGUGUUCCUGGGAGCCUUCCAGAUCGAGUUCAAGCCAAGACCGGCGAUCAAGGGGCAAGCCCUGGCCGACUUCGUGGUGGAAUGCACCGCUCGUGAAGAGCCGAGCCCGGAACUUGAAACCGAUGACUGGUGGAUAGUUUUUACCGACGGCUCCUCCGCCGCCAAAAACUCGGGGGGUGGAGUGGUGGUCAUCGCUCCCGAAGGCUUCAGAGCAUACUAUUCAAUUCGGUUUGGUUUCAAGGCAUCGAAUAAUGAGGCGGAAUAUGA